AUUUCCCUUGGUGAAACAUAACCUGUAUUCCAAUAAUGUGUAAUAUUAUUUAAUAAUCAUAUUUACAUAUGACAAGCAAAGGAAUCUGCUGCAUAAUGUUUGUACUCCAUAGACCCAGGAGCUGAAUAUCAUAACCUUUUAUUGUCCCCAAAACAAUGAUGUCAAGACAAUGUUGUUUUUUCUUCAAGUAAUUACUCCUCCACAUCUAGCUAUGUCAACGUCAAGGCAGGGCACUCAGAAACAUUUGUGUCAUUUUCCCUUUGCUGAAAGCUGUGCGAUAGAGGAAGUCACAGAUGCUACCGCGACAGGGGAUAUUUGAUGGUUGACUCACUUCAGUACUUCCUUGAUGGGACUUAGUUUUGUCGAAAGCACUGCUCAUGGACAGGAACUCAUUCAUUUCAGUCUGAGACUGAGAGUGGAGCGGAGCGAAGGGCAGAGCAGCUACCCAGGUGAUUGAUCAGAGUGCGUCGUCCUUGUGAUUCGGCUUGUGUCUCGGCCAGUGGGACUAGAUUGAAUACCACCCUGUUAGUGGGACGAUGAGGCACCUAGGAGACAACUCCAGUGGGCUUGAUGUGAACGGCACCUCCUGUGAGGUCCAUGACAGCAUCCUCUCUCCUGCCUUACCAAUUCUCUACUCAAUAAUCUGCUUCUUCGGCCUGGUCAGCAACAUCAUGACCAUAUUUGUAUUCUUCCUGAGGAAACACUCUGACUCGUCCAUGGCUGUGUACAUGAACCACCUGGCCAUGGCUGACUUCCUGCUGGUGAUGUGUCUUCCCCUGCGGGUCUACUACCACAACAGCCCGGGCCCCUUUUACCUCUGCAAGGUACUGGGCGUCUUCUUCUACGUCAACAUGUAUGCCAGCAUCCUGUUCCUCAGCCUGAUCAGUCUGGAUCGCUACCUGAAGAUCAUCAAGCCUGUGUGGGUCCUGAGAAUCCACAAGGUGCGGUGGAGCCACCGGGUGUCCUUCUCCGUGUGGGCAGGUCUUGUCCUGGCCAUGUCUCUUUUUUCCCUAAGGAAAGACAAGGAGCGCCCCUGUGAUAAGAUCUGCUUCCACUUCCACCACAAAGGACUCCUGGGGGGCAUGGCCAACCUCACCGUGGUGGCCUUCUUUUAUGCUAUCUUCCUCCUCUUUAUCUGCUUCUAUGCUCGGAUAACCACCAAGCUGAGAAACAUGUCUUUAGGCAACCGGGACCCCAAGGCUCAGCAGAGGAAGAGCAGGGUGAUCCUGAAGACCUUUGUGGUGCCGGUAAUCUUCACACUCUGCUUCCUGCCAUACCACCUGGUGAGAGUGCCCUACGUGCUGGCCCAAAUGGAUGUGAUCCAGGCCCUGGGCAGUAAGCAGAUUCUCCACAUCCUCAACGAGCUCACUCUGCUCCUGUCUGCCCUCAACAGCUGUCUGGACCCCAUCAUCUACUACUUAAUGUCCUGUACCUACAGGAGGACCAUCCUCUUUGCCCUGCAGGGGCAGUUCAAGACCAUGUACGCUGUUAACCGCAGACGCAUCAGUAUUAACCGAUCUAUUACAGAGAUAUAGAGCUACAGUAUCUAAGGCAGGGAGUUUUAACAUUUUGCACAAAUUAAUUUGGAUAAUGGACAAGUUGGAUUAACUGAAAAAGAUCAUGUAUAAUAGGCGUUAAUACUGUUAAUACUAUUGACUAUAAAAUAAGAAAAGAAGGAUAUUAUUGAAUGUACAUUAUGAAAUAUAUAUAUAUAUAUAAAUAUGAACUCUUGUUAUCAAGUUCUUACUGGACUUUGUAUAAUUUUUGGUCCAGUAAGAAUGUUUUUUUUUUUUAUGAGAAUUUGUGCAAUCUUUUUUGUUUGAGUAUGUUACUCACACUUAUGGAGGGUGACCUUAUGUUCUCAUGGUUAAAAGGGCAAUAUACAACAUGACCUUUUAAAUGUCUUACGCACAAGGAUUCCCCAAGACGAGUAUGCUGUUUCAUUUCAUGUAAAUGACCUACAUACUCACCCUAUGAUUUUCCGACCCUAUGCUGUCGGAAAAUGUAUUCAUUAAAUUAAGUACACUGACAAAGGCUUGUGUCAGUCUUGUGCGCUUUUUAAAAUAAUGUUUUUUUUCUGACAUGGGAUCAGUACAUUUAUAUUUUCACACGAUAGAGAGCCGUGAAGUUAUUUGUCUUUUGCAAUUGCAUUAGUUAAGUUCACCAACGUUGCUUUCAUUUGAAGAGUUUCUUUCCAAAACUCUAUAUCAACCAAUUUCCCACGUUUGUGUUUUUCAUCAGAAGGAUUGCUUAGGUGUACCUUCAUGUCUGUGUAAAAUAUUAUCGUUCUCAGAUUUUUUUGUAUGUAUAAAAACGUUUUUUUUCUUCUCCCAAAACGCUAUAAAUCCAUUGUUUAGCUCUAAUGGAAUGUUUGUAUCAUGUAUAUUUGAUUGUGAUAUGUGGUUGUCUCAUCUAGCUAUCUUAAGAUGAAUGCAUUCACUGUAAGUUGCUCUGGAUAAGAGCAUCUACUAAAUGACUAACAUGUCAUUUACAUUCUAGUAAUUUAGCAGAUGCUCUUCUAUAAAGCGACUUAAAAUGACUGCAUUUAUCUUAAGACAGCUAGGUGAGACAACAACACAUCACAUUCGUAUCAAGUACAUUUUCCCUCAACAUAUAUUUAUCAUCAAAGUCAGUGCUAGUGGGAAAAGAGAAGGAAAAAUAAACGUUUUACAUACAGAUCUCAUAGUAUUGUAUUUCAUCAUUUUAAUGUUGAUGGCACAAAUGUAUAAUUUGUAUAUUUAUUUUUAAAAAGUUAAUAUUUGUUACUGUGUAAAACCUAGCAGUACUACUUAUUUCUCUGACAGUGAGGUGGACAUAUAGCAUUUCUCUAUUAUGAUUAGUUGUCUCACUGAAAUGGAACCAUCAAGUGACAGGUUUAAAACAAAAACAUAUCUGUCAUUGAACAACCCCAUGUAAUGACUGGAUAGGGAAAAAAACACACCAAUCUCUUUCAGAAUUUCUUUAAACAAUAAAAGCUAAUUUACCAACA